UAUCAAAAUUAUUUGAUCAAAUCUUAACAAGUAAUGGCUUCUGGUGCUGCAAAACCGGCAACAUUCUUCCUCUUGUUCGUAAACCUCGUGCUUUAUUUGAUCAUUAUAAUAAUUGCUUCUUGGGCUGUCAACCAUGGAAUCGAAGAAACUCAUGGACAAGCAUCUGUUUUGAGUAUUCCAGCAAGAAUAUUUCCGAUAUACUACCCAUUCGGAAACAUGGCAACGGGCUAUGUGGUUAUCUUGUCUCUGUUAGCUGGGGUUGUGGGCUUUACAACCUCGGCCGCUGGAUUAAGUAAUGCGGCACAAUGGGAUUCUUCAAAUCUAUACACAGCUUCUAUUUUUUCUAUAAUUACUUGGUCAUUCACUCUGCUUGCUAUGGGAUUUGCCUGCAAAGAGAUUGAUAUUGGUUGGGGUGGUUCAGCAUUGCGCGCACUUGAGGUCCUCUUGAUCAUUGUUAGCGGGACACAGCUAUUCAGCAUGAUUGCGAUUCAUUCUGGUAUUGAAGAACUUUCAAGGUACGGAGGGGGACGAGUCUAAGCAUCAAAAGGUGUCCAGAACAUAUCUUAAGGUGGAACAGAAGAAACUAUUGUGUACAUUUGUUUUAUUUUGUUCCCUAUAUUUUGGAAGUUUGGUUUUCUUCUUUUUUAUUUCACCAUUUGCACUUUGUGGUCAUUCUUAAAGUGCUAAUAUGAAAGCUAUGUUAUA